ACAUUUAUCAAAAAGAAAUCCACGAUUCAAUGUCUCUUCAAACUUUCUUCAAAUUUCUCAAGAAAACAUCAGUUGAAGAAAGGGGAAGAAAACCUUCAGCACUUCCAAAGGGACUAUGUCGUCAAUUUUCACUAGCUGAGCUCAAAGCUGCCACCAACAACUUUGAUGAUGAUUUGAAAAUCCGUGAAGGUGGUUUUUGCCCACUGUACAAGGGCUUCAUUGAUGGAGGCUCCUUGGUUGUUGCCGUCAAACGCUUGAGUGCCCUAUCGUCAGGAUCAGCAGUCGAAGAGAUCCGAAUUGGAAGUGAGGAACAAGGAGUUGAAGAGUUCCGAAAUGAGGUACAGGUACUCUGCCAGCUGCGCCACCAGAAUCUUGUCUCUCUCCUCGGGUUUUGUCACGAGAAGGAUGAGAGGAUCCUUGUGUAUGAACAUAUGACCCCUGGAGGAUUGGAUGAUCAUCUUUUCAAGAAUGAUGUUCCCCUCCCAUGGAAGCGGAGACUAGAGAUAUGCAUUGGGGUAGCGCGUGGAUUACACUACCUUCACACAGGUGCAAAGCAUGCAAUAAUUCACCGGGGUGUCAAGCCUUCUAAUAUUCUUUUGGACGAAAAUUGGGAUGCAAAGCUUUCAGAUUUUGGGUUUUCCAGGAUUGGUCCCUCUAGCAUCUCAAAGCCUAAGCCCAAAGCUUUGACAAAAACAGAGUCAAGAGUUUAUGGUACAUGUGGGUAUAUGGCUCCAGAGUAUACGAUAAAAGGAGUGUAUUUGAUUUCAGCGAUCAUUGAAUGCAUAAAAAACGGCUGUGUUCAUGAGAUGAUCGAUUCAUUUCUGAAAGGGAAGAUAGCACCGGUGUGUCUGAUAGAAUUUGUGGAGAUCGCUCUCGGUUGUAUUCAUCCAAAUCCAAAUGAACGGCCUUCAAUGGGAGAAGUUGAGGUAACCUUAGAACUUGCAUUGAAACUGCAGGAGAAAGCCGACUUGGUUAUCAAGGCUGACAAUCCACAUGCUGGUUAUUCCUACGACGAUGUAUCAUUUCGUGUUUCUGCUGAAGAAAUUCAGAACUGGCGAUCCUACAGUUACUGUUUUGGUGGAGAUUCGGAUGCAGGAUUGAUCUCGGAUGUAGAAACGGCCUCCGAAGGCUACAGUUACUGUUUUGGUGGAGAUUGGGAUGCAGGAUCGGUCUCGGAUGUAGAAAUGGUCUCAGUUCCGGAAUCAUAAAUUGAUAGAGAUGAGUUUGGGAAGGAGAGUCUCUCUGUAAAAUCAAUAUCAAUUCUUAUU